GAACGUUCUACAGGGAAAGUCUGGUUGGUUCGGACUUCCGGGGUAAACAGGGCGCCCGCCAUGGACUCCACCAAAAUGGAUCCCGUGAAGAAGGCGUAUUGUUUAGAGCUAUAGGGUGUCAUGGCGGCCGAGAGGAAUGAGGGUUUGCAGCUGGAGGUUCAGGGACACCACGAACAGAAACGGGUUUGUGAUUCCCGUGCCAAGUAUCGCGAAGGAAGGAGGCCGAGAGCUGUCAAAGUGUACACAAUCAAUCUUGAGUCUCGUUAUCUGAUGGUGCAGGGCGUUCCAGCUAUAGGUGUAAUGAAGGAGCUGGUAGAACAGUUUGCCCUCUAUGGCGUUAUAGAAGAGUACAAUCCUUUAGAUGGAUACCCUGCGGAGGAGUUCACAGACGUCUAUCUUAUUAAAUUUCAGAAGCUUCAGAGUGCAAGGGUUGCCAAACGGAAAAUGGAUGAACGUAGUUUCUUUGGUGGUUUACUUCAUGUAUGCUAUGCCCCAGAAUUUGAAACUGUUCAGGAGACCAGAGAGAAACUUCGGGACAGGAGAAUAUUUGUGUCAAGAUCAACAUCUGACAAAGACAGGUUUGUACCAGAGAAGAAACAAGACAUGUCUUUCUUUGAGUCUAAUACCCCUGAAUCAGAUUUCAUCCCUGCUCCUAGCAGCAGCUGUGGUACUCGUUCACAUCUCAAUGAUCUUAUAAGAUUUACCUCUACAUAUGCUAGAGCUAAUUUCCGCCAGGGCAGCACUCAGGACCCAUGUUCUGUCUUGGAGGAUACCGGUACCAAACCAUCUCAGGGGAAUGCUUCCCAAACCGAUGCAGCCUGCCACACACGAGGAACCCCACAGAACCCUAGACCAAGCAUUCCAAUGCAAAAUCAAAAUACUGCCUCUGGGGGUAACUUUGUGAGAUUCACACCCAGAACUACCCAGCUACAGGAGAGACAGAGAAAAAGAGAACACAACAAUGCCCUUGCCCUGUGUGGAUCAAGUCCUGAUACCCAGGAUAUUGUAAUUGGACCACAGAUACCAGAAAUUCCAAAAUUUGAUAUGGACGAUACAUCUCUAAAUAUCUCUGCAGACAUCAUUAGACAGAAACUAAAGAAGGUUUCUGGCACACCUAGAUUGGCUGCUGUGGAAAAUAAAUCAAAUGAGUCACAAUCUGAAGCUCCAAAGAAGCAGAGAAGAAGAAUUUAACUUUGAUAGCUUAAUGUCUAUAUCCAUAUACUCCUAUCUGCAUGAUGUUUACUUUUUUAUUGUAAAACAUGUUUUACUGUACUCAUAAUGCAGAGAUUAAUAUAACACAUAAUAAUGUGAUAUCUCUGUGUGCACACAUAAUUAAUUGUACAGAACAUUUGCAUAUGUUUUUCACAUUUACUCUGUAAUAGUCUGUAUGGGACCAAGAACACAGGCUUUUAUUAUAUGCACUGAUUUAAAGACAUGUCGUCCUCUUUGGGAAAGAUCAGCUGCUCAUUCUCAUUCAAGGAUAUGUAGAUCCAUUUCUAUUGGUCAUUUGGCUCUGUAAAUGCUUGUCGUUCAAAGGCCAUUAUGCUCUAAAGAGGAAGAAAAUGAGCAGCAUUAGCUUUUUCUUGAUAGAAAUACAGUGGUUGAUUAAAAGUUAUUUUACAUGUUUUUAAAUAUGACACCAAGCACAGUAUUAAAAGUAAUCUGUCAUGCACAAAGUGGAAGGCAUACUCACCUUGAGGAAGGUACCAAUAUAACCCACACAAUAUACUCGUGAAAUAGCAAAUGCAUGGAUUUAAAAGAAAUAGUUACCUGGAGAUAUCUUCCUUACUCUGCCACGUGGCAUUAUCUAUAGAAAGCAAAGGCUAUGCAACCACGACAGAUGUAAGCAGCGUUCCAUGUUUCUUUGCAUAAAGUUUAAAGCUAUUAGUUAUGGGAUGCUUCCCUGUCACUUCAGUGGGCAAGAUGACUAACUACAACUGGUAUUUGUUAAUAUUUUAAAUAGCAAAUCUAGGUCUGCAAUAUACACACACAAUUACUGCAAAAUGCAUCAAAUUUAAAAAGUUACUCCAAGCACCAAGCUUCAGUGAUUUGAAGUGGUUAUGGUGCAUGGAUCUGUAUGUGCAAUGUUUCAGUAUGAAUUUUUUAUUAAAUCUGAAACUUACCUUCAUUUUGCAUUUCACUUAAAUGCUAGAUUUGUGCAUGGUGUGAAAAUGUGGCUUGGCUGAACAGUUUUUCAUUGAAAAUAGAAUUUCUGCACUGAUAAAACUUUAUUUGGGCUAACCAAAAGGGAGUGAAAAUGGGCCAAUAAGUGUACUGCAACAUGCAUACAUAAUAUAACAUGAUGUAUAUAUUUUGCAGUCUGCAGCCAACUGAUUUAAUAUCCUGCUAUUUAGUUCACAGAUGAAGUGAGAAAAAAGUAACCAAUCUCGGGGAAAAACAGGAGUAUUAAAAUAAUUUUAAAAAAAUCUAUAUUGAUUGCUUAUAUCCUAUAUUAGAUUUAUAAACAUAUGUUUCUUACUGCUCCUCCUUUCCCCCCCUCUAUUGCUCACUUAUUACUUGAGCUGUGAAUAAAAAGUUAGUGACUGUCCCCUAGCCAUUAAUCAUAUCUCUUUUUUUAAAGACCACACCACAGGCAGUAUUUAGAAUCACAAGUCAAUGAACAUGUUUGGCCAUUGCAUGCCUUGAUGUUUGAUUCAUCAUUUGGGUACAUUUCAAUCAACUUGGAGUUCAUAAAUUCACUCAAUCGUUCCAAAUUUGGAAGAAUCGCAGUUCGGAUCAAAAUGAACCUCCAAGUCUACUACAUACUAUAUAUGUAUUGAGUAUGUUUGUAAUGUUCUGUAGUUUUGGGGGGAUGAGGGUGUUUGUUUUUCAUUUGUUGUACAUCAGUUUUUGUUUUGUUUAAAGUUCCUCUUUGACUGUCAUUUGCCUUGCACUCCAUAUUUUGAUUCCCUUGUGAAACAACUGUCUACAUAUUAUUUUUGUCACUUUUUAGAAGAUGUUAUAAAAAUAGAAAAAUACCCCACCUUACUAUCUGGUAGGCACGGACCAAACGCUUCUAGAAGAAGGUUUUCAUCUCUUACAGCUUUUUCAAAAUCAGUAUAGGACAGUUUGCUGUCAUGGUCAUAAUCCUGCAAAAGAAGAAACACAUUUUACAUAAACUGUGCAUUUAAUACAUGAUUCACUGCGAAGGGCACAACAGUUAUAAAAUCCAUAAUCAUUCAUUAAUGGGAAAUUUAGUUGGGUAAAAUAUAUGUUCUUUGUAUUUUAUCUCUUUUGAAUGGUACUCCUGGAAAUGCAAGGCCUAUUACUAUUUUGGUCAGUUUUUGACACAUUAUGUAAACACUAAUUACAAAAAUAAAAUAAAAUAAAAGCAAACAAGUAUAUUUUUGGCAGAAGAGUGGGGCCAUAAUUUUAUUUGGCUGCUUAACCUUGCUCUUCUAAUUUGUCGGUACUCAAAUUACGAACUCAUUAGUUCACUUGCAUCUCAGCGUUGCCAGACCUAGCAAGUGGGACAGGGGUGCAGGGCAAGUAAUAUGUUUGGAUUUACUUGCUGUUGUAUAAAUAACCCAAUACAUGACUCCGGUACUGGGCUAUGUCAAUUUUUGCAACAUUUUGUGUAGGUUUACUAUGUUUAUUCCCCAAAGAGUAACUUGUUGAGAUGACAGCAGAUGUUCUCUUUUAUUAAAAUAGUAGUCAUCACCCACAAAGCUGAAGUGCUUUGACAGAGCCCUACUGGAUAGGGAAUUGUGACGGUAGUCACCAUCACUGAGGGUGGAAGAUGGACACUUUAUGUAGGUCCCCAUAAUAUUCUUGUGUCUUAGUCACCCUAUGCCCAUUAUAAGUGCAGGGUGUGUAAAAUGUAUUUGUGUAUUGUGAAAUGUUUGUGUGCUCUCCUGUCCUGCUGCUUCUUUCAACCAACUUGGUCAGUGAUGGCUAACCUUGACACCAUAAAUUGUUUCUGGACUACAUUUCCCAUUGAUGCCCAGCUAGCUUUUAGAGUCUAACUGCUAGCUGAGCAUCAUGGAAAAUGUAGUCCAGAAAUAGUUUAUGGUGUCAAGGUUAGCCGUCACUGAACUAGGUGGAUUUGGCUGUGGAGAAUGUAAAAGCACCAUCUGUUGGUUGUCAAGGAUCUUGAAACAGCUAUAUCCACUACCUGAAAAGCAAGGUUUGCUAAUUUGCAUAUUCAGGUAGAUUUCAUAUUAUGAAUUCUUCAGGCAAGGAAGUUCCUGUAUGUGUCCCCAUAUGAUUUGGUUAUUUGUAUCAUAUUGAGGUUGUUAUCGUAAGUUUAAUGUAAUGUGCAUAUGGGCUAGUCCUGAGAAAAAAAAAUAAAUAAAUAAAGCUGAUUGUGUUAGUUCCUUUUGGAA